CAGCAGGACGGCGUCGUGUACACGUCACUCUUUCCUGCAGAAAGCGCGCGAAUAUGUUUUCUGAAACCGGAAACUUGAGCUUUGGGUUUUUCUGGCGAAUUUUAAAGUGUUGUGCUUUGUGAAUCAGGGAUGGACUGAGGGGAGUUCGAGUUGCAGGCACUGAACUGGAGCACUAUAAGUAGGCCCGUUGCAUCGGCAGCAUGGCUCGCAAGAAGGGCACAUGAUGGCGCGCAAUGGCGCCCUUCUGAUCCUGGCCCUGGGCCUCGCCCUUGCCCAAGACAACAAAUGCCCAAGUCUCGCCCUUAACCCUUCAUGCCCUUGCUUCAAUUUCGAAGAUGGGAUUUUCCUGGAAUGUCCCGCUGCCACUGCCAAUUCACUCCGAGCGGUUCUCCAGAUCGUCUCCGGACCCAUCCAAUCACUCAGCAUCUACGACCUGGACCGCACCGUCACCAAACUCUCCUCCGAUUUUUUCCCAGAAGGUUCAAUCAUCAAGCAUUUGCAAAUCUCGCAGAGCCACCUGGAGGAAAUCCAGGACGACUGUCUGACCACUAUCAAGCCCGAGCUGGAGAGUUUGAGUCUGGUCUCGGGCAAGCUGGGGGAAAUCCCCCAGAAGGCGUUCGGGGGGCUGGUGAAGCUGAUCGCGCUUGAUUUGGAGUCGAACGAGAUUAGUGAUUUACCGAGCUAUAGUUUCUACGGGUUGAGGUUGGUCAAGUUGAACUUGAAGGGGAAUCAGAUCGGGAAAGUGUCAGAGUAUGGCUUUGCCGGGCUUGAGGACACGUUAAGUGAGCUGGACUUGGCGGAAAAUAAGUUGGUCAGUUUCCCGAUGACGGCGUUUCGGCGACUGGAACGGUUGAAACUGUUGCGGUUGUCUUGGAAUGAGAUCAGUUUUAUCCCAGACGAUGGGUAUUCGAGACUCGAGUCGUUGCAAUUUUUGGACUUGAGUUCUAAUAAUUUCGAAAAGUUGGGCGAGGAUUGCUUCCGACCGUGUCCGUCCGUCCAGACUUUAUCCCUUUAUUACAAUGUGAUAGAAUCGGUACAUCCCGACACUUUCGUGUCUUUAACCAAGUUGGAAUCACUGGAUUUGAGUCACAACAAGAUCGUUUUCCUGGACGCUUCGACUUUCCAAACCAAUAAAAAGCUGCGUUCGAUUGACUUGAGCCACAACCACGUCCAUUACAUAAGCGGCGUGUUCGCGUUCCUGCCCGACUUGAAGGAACUCUUCCUGUCCGAGAACAACAUCCUGGAGAUCCCUUCGGACGCCUUCAGCGACUCGUCCAACUUAUCGGUGAUUUACUUACAACAGAACGCAAUUCGUCGCAUCGAUCCCGACUCCCUCGCCACCCUCCACAACCUCGCCCAGCUGCACUUGAGUUCGAACUUCGUGCCACACAUUCCUCGCGAUUUGUUCCACCAAAACCACAAUCUCACAUCUUUGAGUCUCGACUCGAACUGGAUAUCGGACUUAGAACCGGGAACUUUCGACAAAACAAUCAGCUUGAGGGAAAUUCGCUUGCACAACAACCGCCUCCAGAGUGUACACCGCGGCGUGUUUGAUCCACUCCCCGCUUUGUUGGAGUUGCAUUUGCAAAACAACGAGAUCGCGACGAUCGACUCGGGGGCCUUCCGCACGCUCCAGAGUCUCCAACAUGUUAAUUUGCAAGGGAAUGUUAUUUCGGAACUCGGGGACGUGUUCAUGCACGAGUCGCCCUCGCUCGUCUCCAUCCAGCUGGACUCGAACAGCAUCACCAGGCUGCACAACGACUCUCUGCGGGGCCAGUCCAGCGUCCAGAUCAUGUGGCUGGGGCACAACAGGCUCAGGAGACUGGACAGUGCGCUGUUUCGGGACCUCCUCCUGAUACAAAGGGUGUAUCUGACCAACAACAGCAUCGCUUUUAUUGAAGACCACGCGUUCGAACCGAUGCAAGCGCUGAAGUUCCUCGACCUGGGGCUGAACCAGCUCAAGGAGAUCACGACGCGCACGUUUGCGGAGUUGCACGAACUCGAGGAGUUGUUUCUACCGCACAACAACAUCGCAAGCAUCGAGCCGCGGGCGCUCACCAACUUGAAGAAGUUGCGAGUGCUGGACCUGUCCUUCAACCACUUGACGCGACUCCACGAUGAUAUUUUCCAAGAGGGGUUGCCGAUCCGGGUUUUGAACUUGAUGAACUGCUCGAUCGGGGAAAUAGAACAGGGGGCUUUCCGCGGUCUGAAUAAUUUGAACGAGUUGAAUUUGAAUUCGAAUCAGUUGACUUCGCGCGAUUUAAACCAUUUGGACAUUCCCGGCUUGAGGGUUUUGAAAGUGUCGAACAAUAAUUUCAGUGAUUUGUUCGCGGAGGCGCUCAACGGUUUGCCCUCGCUGCAGGUGAUACAGCUGGAGGGUUGCGCGGUGGUGAAGCUCCCCAAAGAAAUUUUUCUGAAGAACAAAAACCUGCUUAAAAUCGAUUUGAGUCACAACUUCGUCGCCGAACUCCCGCAUGGCAUUUUUCUCAAUCUGAAUGUCUUCAAGGAAUUGAAAUUGAGCUCGAAUGCGUUUAAGGAGCUCCCAUAUACGGCGCUGCUGAAUAUAUCAACAAUGGAAAUCCUCUCUCUAUCUUUUAACCAAAUGACCUCGGUGGAUAUCUCGCGACUGAACGGUUUGCCAAACUUGAAAGAGCUAGAUUUGAGGAACAACCAGAUCUCCUCAUUGUCGGGCUUUGCGUCGUCGAAUCUGACCCAAGUCCUGAGUGUGGACUUGAGUGGCAACUCUUUAUCGGCCUUGCCGGCCAACUUCUUCCACCAUUCGCCGCUAAUGCGUCGGAUGGACUUAUCAAACAACCGGUUUCGCCAAAUCCCCAACUCGGCGCUCUCCGAGAACACGCUCCCGGGCCUGGCUUGGUUGAACCUAACCGGGAACCCCCUGGUCCGCAUCCACGACAUCGCAUCCUCCCACCGGUACCCCUCGCUGGAGGAAAUCCACAUCAGCCACACCAACCUGACCAUCGUAACGAGCAAAGACUUCGAGAAUUUCCCCGAUUUGUUGCACGUUUACUUGGGUUUUAACCGGAUUUCGCGCAUAUCUCCGGGCGCGUUCGGCAGUUUGCCCCACUUGUUGACCCUCGACCUGGGGGUCAACGAGUUGGAGCUGCUGCCCCAGGAGCGGCUGCAAGGUCUCAACCAUCUGCGGAUCCUCAAUCUGACGCACAACCGCCUCAAGGACCUUGAGGAGUUUCCGACCGAUUUGAGGUCGUUGCAAGUGCUGGAUAUCUCGUUCAAUCAGAUCGGACGGAUAAGCAAAGUGACGUUCCAGCAUCUGGAGAACUUGGCCGAGUUGUUUCUGUACGGGAAUUGGAUCACGUCGGUGUCUAAUGAGGCUUUCAGGCCGUUGAAAAAAUUGCGAACUUUGGAUUUGAGUCGGAACUAUCUCGAAAAUAUCCCUUUGAAUGCUUUCAGACCGCUUGAAACACAAAUAAGAAGUUUACGGACGGAAGAGAACCCGCUGUCGUGUAGCUGCGACUCGCAGGAGCUGUGGGAGUGGCUCAGGGAUCACCAGAAGCUUGUCGAGAGGACGAAUACGCUGGAAUUACGCUGUGAACAUCCGCCUGAACUGAGAGGAAGAGUUUUCCUGGAGCUGGACCCGGAGCAAUUUUGCGAUCAGCCGCUAGUUGUCAAACUGGGGAUACAAGACAUACAGCCGUUUUCGGUGCUGGUGUCGUGGCAGAGCCGGAAUCACUCCGGUUUACACGGAUAUCAAGUCGUUUACUACUCCAUCGACAUGGUGGAUGAGAUCCGCGGGCGCCUCCUGGACCGCUCCUCCCGCUCGAUGAAGCUGUCCAAGCUGUACCCCGGCACCCGUUACCUCAUCUGCGUCCUAGCCCUGGGCAACUGGGCCCACCGUCGCGAGACGGCGGAAUCCCGGCUCGCCCGCCGUCCCGACAACACCUCCCAGCAGCUGGAGGUCUUCAGCGACUCCAUGCUGCCGCUGCUCGUCGACUCGCCCACCAGCAAGUGCGCCGAGGUGAGCACGCUGCUGGCCCCCGACAGCGUGCACGUGGGGCUGGGGGGCGGCGAGCACAGCGUCCAGUCCAUCCUCACGCGGCGGCUGGGGCUCAUCAUCGGCUGCUGCAUGGGGUUCGUGGUGUUCAUCGUCCUCGUGUCGGUGCUGGGGUACCUCAAGGUGAAGAAGCAGCGCCAGGCGAUCAAGAGGGACCAGCCCAUUCCGCCGGAGUAUAUCUCCUACAGACACUUCUCGAUCCAGAGCGGCGAAGCGGGGCAUGGGGGGCACCCGCACUUUAUUACCAACAUGAACACGACGCAGAUUAACUAAUCAUAUCAGUGGUUCGGACGCUCGGAGAGUGGUAGUGAUAAUCAGGAUAAUGGGGAGGUUCUUCCGGGGUUUUAGAGUGGACUGGGGUGAGAGAAUCGACAGUUCUUGCAGUUUUUAAGACAAGGAUUUUUGUAAAAUAAACGUGGAUGGAAAUGUUGAAUUGUUGAAUUGGGCGGUUUUUUGCCUCAAAUACAUUUUCCCUCGAGCAUCAUCCCGGCGAUAACUAACCAGAAACACAGCCCAAAUAAAUUUUUUAGUAACAAAUCAUCUUUUUUAUUAUCUGUGAAAGCCCUCAUUUCCCGUAACAGAAAGGCUUUAUUUACCGUAAAAACGUUAUUACUUCCCUAAUUUUUAUUUAAAUGACUUGUGAGAUUAGCGCCGGUGUUUGAGCACAAAAUGUCGCAAUUGUUACUGUUAUUGCAAUUUUUUAUUGUUAAUUUCUCUGGCGGGUGUGGGCAAUGAAGCGGCGAAAAUUGCAAGGACUGGCGCCCGAUUUCCUAGUGACAAAGUUGCAUGAACUUUAACAAUGUUCUAGUCAAAAAUCACAUAAACAUUUUUAUAGUACGUUAAAAUUGUGUUAAUUUUUGUAAAUAUUUAGACUAAAAUAAAUUGUAUUUAAAA